AUGACUUCAAGUGCUGCCGUCUUACAAGUGCGUAUUGCACUCGACAUGCAGACACAAGCUGGUCGUUGCAGCUUUGAUAGUUGGAGCCUUACCGAAGUCUACGAAGCUUUUGAGGCCCAGGUCACCGCCUCAUAUGUGGUUAUCGGUCGCACAAUCAUGAUCACUAGCAGCAGUGGCGGUAAUAGCACCAGCAGUAGUAGCAGUAGCGGCAGCAUCAGCGCCAGUAACAACAGCAGCAGCAUCAGCGUCAGUAAUAGUAGCAGCAGUAGCAGUAACAGCAGCAUCAGCGUCAGUAACAACAGCAGUAGCAGCAGCAUCAGCGUCAGUAAUAGCACCAGCAGUAGUAAUAGUAGCAGUAGUAGCAGUAGCAGCAGCAUCAGCGCCAGUAACAACAGCAUCAGCAGUAGCAGCAGCAUCAGCAGCGGCAUCAGCGUCAGUAACAGUAACAGUAACAGCAGCAAUAACGGCGGGUAUACACAGUGCGUACGGUAA